AUGGCUGCUCACACAGAGCCCACUUCAAUCCAAGGGGGGGAGAAGAAAACAAUGCCACAAGAAGAACAGCUCAGGAGUAAGCAACUAGACUCUGAUGUGCAGCAUGCUGCAGCAUUUCCGCAGCAUUCUGGAUCAGCGGAGACCCGCAACCCUAGUGGAAGCCGACUACCCCUGCCAUUCCCCCAGCGUUUCCAGAAACAGCAACAAGAUGGGCAGUUCCGCAAGUUUUUAGAUGUUUUGAAACAGCUACAGAUCAACAUACCCCUAGUGGAAGCCUUGGAACAUAUGCCAAGCUAUGCUAAGUUCAUGAAGGAUCUAGUGACCAAGAAGCGUAGGCUCGGGGAGUUUGAAACAGUGGCUCUGACUGAAGAAUGCAGUGCUAUUCUAGCAUUGUGUGAUCUGGGAGCGAGCAUAAACUUGAUGCCGAUGUCAAUAUUCAAGAGGUUGGGAAUUGGAGAAGCAAGGGCGACCACAGUAUCUUUGCAGCUGGCGGACAGGUCAAUUGCAACCCCUGAAGGAAAGAUCGAGGAUGUACUGGUAAGGGUGGACAAGUUCAUUUUUCCUGCCGACUUUAUUAUUCUUGAUUAUGAAGCAGAUAGAGAAGUGCCCAUAAUUUUGGAGAGGCCCUUUCUUGCAACUGGCCGCACCUUGAUUGAUGUUCAGAAAGGAGAAUUGACCUUGAGGGUACAAGACGAACAGGUCACAUUUAAUGUGUUAAAGGCAAUGAGGUUCCCGAGUGAAAUGGAGGAGUGCUCAACCAUCUCAGUUAUUGACUCUCUGGUGGCAGAAACACUUAAGCAUGAUAACUUCGAGAGUAAUGUGGAAGGAGGCGUUGAGCAAGUAGAGUGGGUGGGAGACAUGUGA